AUGGGGACAUAUUAUAGUCAAGGCAUCGUGGAUUGGGAAACGGAUGAAGUAAAAAUUGAUGAAUCCAGAGCCAAACCGAUACUGGGAAAUCUAAGAGUCCCAGUUGUGGAUGUGGGUUGUGGAUCGCCCGAGAUACGCAAUUCAAAGACGAUGGGUGAGAAUAGUGUUUACCGAGAAAUUGAAUUUGUGAAUUUGGCGAAGGAUCAUGUUGUGGAUGAGAGUAAUAAAGGGGUUGUUGAUAUUAACGACGUUGAAAUAGAACUGAUGGAGUGUGAUUCUUCUAGAGAGAACAAAGUGGAAGAGCAAGAGGUUGAAAUCUUGCAGUUCGAAGAAAAUUAUAACGAGAUUGAUGAAUCUAGUAGGAACGAGAAAAUUGGCGAGAACAAGGGCUUGGUGGUGAAUGAGGAUGGUUGGGAGGAAAUGGAAAUAACUGAGUUGGAGGAGCGUUUUGGUGCUGCAGUUGUAUUUGGUCCUUGCCACGAAUUCAAUCCAAUGAAGUUCUCUGCUCGAGCAAAAUGGAUUAUGAAACCAGAACAGGAUAUGGAGCAAUAUAUCAGCCGUUUAUCAGAAAAUAUUCCUGAUUUUAUGAUGAUUAUGAAACCAGAGCAGGCAAUGGAGCAAUAUAUCAGCCUUAUAUCAGAAAAUAUUCCUGAUUGGAUUGCAGAAAAACCUUAUGAUAAUGCUGAGCAAGCUUUUGAGGAGAUCCGUGGUGGAGAACUAUCCUUAUGA